AUGGAGCACUUUUCCUGCAUCGUUCUCGACCUGGAACGUAUGCGAUCGUCGUGGGCCGACCAUAUGGAACGGAAUGUCUUAUCUAGUGAGCCCACCAGAUUAUUGUCAUUGCUGAGGCGGUUCAGUGACCGAAAGGCAAGUGAUGAUCGGGAUAAGGUGUACGCUCUCCUCAAUUUGGCCCGAAAUCAAGCGUUCCUCGUUCUGGAUUACUCUCUGAGUGUGUCGAGGGGUUUUCAGGCUACGACGCUGGAUAUAAUUGAGAACACUGGGUCACCCGUGGUGUUUGCUGGAAACAUUGGAAGAAAGAACCGUCAAGAUCUUCCGUCGUGGGUUCUGGAUUGGAGUGCCACAUACGAUGACUUGGAUCGCCGUCGAGCCGACAACACGGAAAUAUACAAGGCGGCAGGCGCAAUGCACCUCAGCGUUAAGAGGGGGGAGGGGGGAGGGGGAGGAGGACCUGUUGGACUAAGGAGCCUCCGAUCUCCCGAGUCCCAAUCUCCUUGA